AUGUCGACCCCCUCCACACCGCGGACGGCGCGUUCCGCGUCACCAACAGCCAACUCACCACAGAUGCUCACCCCAGGGCAAAAAAUCAAAGCUAUGCUCGCCCAAUUCGACAGCGACUCAGACUCAGAUAAUGGAAAUCCACAGCCCCAACGAUCCAUCGCAAGAAUCACCGACAAUCUUAAAAACAGCACAGUCUCGGACCACCGGCCAACCAUGGAUUUGGAUGAUGGGGCCUCAGACGAAGAUGACGAUAUAAUUAUGCCCAAGGGCCGCAUAGCUGCUCGACUGCAGGCUCAGGGCAGUGAGAACAGCGAAUCAGCAUUUGAUCGAGUGUCGAAGAGCUUGAGGAACGCACAGCAGGAAAAACGCGAUUCAGUAGCCGAUGAGGCGAUGUCCGAGGACGAUGACGAUGAUGAUGAUGAUGAUGAUCUUCCUGUGGCUGGUCCACGGAGGAAAGCUAAUAAUAGGGUGGUUGAAGAGCGUGAAGAGAGUGAUGCGGAUGGGUCGCCGUCCCGUGCGCGCGCGUUUUCGCCUCUGUUCGUUUAUUCCCCGACUCGUGAUGAUGCUGAGGACCAAGAUGGAGCGGAUGGCUCGGAUCAGGAUGAAGUUCGGCCAAAGGCGAAUGCCCGGUUCCUCGCCCUUGUUGCUCAGAAACGCAAGGAGCGCGAGGCGAAGGAGAGAAUUGAAAAUGAGAAGAAGGCCGCGAAGGCGAAGCAAAGAGAGCAGUUUAGCUCAGAGAUACUCUCUGGUGAUGAUAGUGAAGGGGAUGACGAGUCGGAACGGAAACUAUCACAACCUGCGCGACCUGCGCGAAAGGCCAGUAAGAAGGCCCUCGAAGAGAUGAACCGGGAAACCCAACGACUCAGCAGAAGUAUGCAAUUGGUCCAUCAGGCCCAGACCAAGAAGAAAAUCAGCAAGGAAAGUUUCUUUGCUCGGUUUAACUUUAUGCAGCCUGAUCAGCAAAAUGCCUCGGGGUCUGCGCCGGAUAACUCGUCGAGUACCGCUGAUUCGCAGAAUUCAUCGGAUGCCGAAGCUCAGAAGAAUAAGGAAACGCCGCGUACUUCACCAAUUCUAGCUCCAUCUGAGAAGCCUUCAACUGGCAAUGAUACCAAUGAUGCGUCCAAGGAGGCUUCAACCGAAUUCCCGACAUUGGAGGAAAUGAUUGCCAAAAUGCCGCAGCAAUCAGAGCAACCCAUUGUUGGCUGCGUGGAAGAACAAGCGACGGAUAAGAAGCCUCAGGCAGCCGAGCAAAAGAAGCAAAAGAAGGUUCUAACAAUGCCACCUGUUCGCGUUCGCCUUUCUCGUGAGCAAGUAGCUCGGAACCAAAAAGAUGACUCCGACAGUGAUUUGGAAAUUGUAACAUCUCCCGCCAAAUGCCGCCGAUACGCGGUGUUUGAGAACCUUCCCAUGAGAAGACACCAGGAAUCGGCCACUAUGUUGAAACUGAAGGCUCUGGCUCAGCUCACAUCUCCGAAGAAGAAGUCAAGCAUGAAUUAUGCCGAAUUAGCCGCCCACCUCUUACAUCAGGCGAGGCAGCAGGCAAGCAAAGAGAGGAUGGAGAGAAUUGAAGAGCUGAGGGCAAAGGGUGUCAUCAUUGAAACGGCCGAUGAACGGGCUGCUAUGGAAGAUGAAUUAGAAAACCUUGUCGAAAAAGCACGGAAGGAAGCCGAAGAAAUCGCAAAGAAAGAGAAGGCAGCAGCUAAGGGUGAAGGAGAUGAGGAUGGCGACUACGAAUUCUCCGGGUCUGAGGAGGAUGGUGACGAGGCUGACGAGGACGAAGAAGAAGAUGACGAUGAAGAAGAGGAAGGUAACGAACACGGCGAAAAGGAAGGUGGCCUAUUCGACGCCGAAGCUGGCGAAAAUGAAGCAUCCGAUGAUGGCCAACCCGAAGUCAUGUCAUCCGAAGAGACCGGUUUGGUAACCCAGAGACGGAAACGGCCUACUCGAGUCAUUAGCGACGACGAGGACGAACCUCCCGUACCUAAGACGCCUGCAAAGAUGACCAACCCAGUCACAGUACAAUCUGUGGAGCGCCCACAUAUUCCCGGUUUGCCUUCUGAUGACAUGACUAUGAGCUUAACCCAAGCAUUCGCGGGAACUUUGGGCGAUAAUCAUGCGGACAGCCAAGCAAAAUCUACAAUCCCUCACUCGUUGCCUGACCCAGUCGAUGGUCGACGAGAAUCAGAUUCGCAGAUGAUCAUCAAGGAUAGCCAGGAACAACGGUCUGAAACUACCGAUAUACUAGCGGGAUAUGCACAGUCUGAGAUACGAGUUUCUGAAUCACCUGCUCCACGAGGGAUGUCUCAGUUUUCUCAGAUUCCGGACCCAACACAGGAUGCUGGGUUUGUACUAUCACCCUAUGAUCCCACGAAGCGAUUUAUGAGUACCCCUGCGUCUACCGUGGAGACUGUUCUCAUCAACCGGAACGAGUCCCAGAACAACUCCCCUACUGUUCAGCGGAAGGCGAAGCAUCUGCAUCGGGGACGAACAACCGAACUAUCCGCUAUUGAAGAGCAGAGUGAAGGCGAUUUUGAGAUUGAUGCCAGUGCAUUCGACGUUAUGAAGAAGGCAGUCAAGAAAAAGUCUAGUGUCCCGUUUGAUAAAAACAAGAGUAAAGCGAAGGAUGUGGUAGAAGAAGCUGCGGAGGAAUCAGACGACGAAUAUGCUGGGCUUGGUGGCGCGAGCGACGAGGACGAUGACGUGGAGAAUGCAUACGAUCGACAGAUGAUUGACGAUAACAGCGGAGAAACUGCCGACGAGAAACAAUUGGCCGCUCUCAAUGCACUCCAUCAGAGAAAUGCAGAUGAGAAACAAGUAGCUAAGCUUCUCAAAGACAUCACAACGGGGGCUCUUAGACGACGCAGAGGGGGCGAUGAUGAGUUCGACUUGGACGAUUCUGACGAUGAGCUUCUUGCGCGUCGGCGAGAGAAACAGAGAGAGUUUGCACGGAUGCGAAAGGCACUCAUGGCUGACGAGAAGAUUGGUGAAAUUGCCGAGAACCCUAAGAAAGCUGCAUUCUUCAAGGCUGUUGAAGAUCGCGAUAUGGACGACGACGACGGCCUCGAUUUCUUAGAACCCGAGGAGAAUCCUGACUUCCAAGAGGAAUCAUCGUCGCAAGACAUGAUUCCAGACUCACAGCCUGAUACUACUACAACUAGCGAUAGCAACAAGAGGAAGAGGCCCCUUGAACCUUCAGCUGAAGACAUCAAUAAUCGACCUCCGCCUCAUAUGCGUCGCAAGCCGGCAAGUGUCAUGUCCAAGAAGCCAGCUAACCUUGCUGAGAUCCGCGAAACCCUUUCCUUCCUGACUGAAACUCCCGAAUAUGACUCUUUCCACGAAGAUGCAACUGUCGAUGACGAUGAAGAACAGGACAAGACCAUCGACGGUGAGGCAGCGGAUGAACAGCCAUCCAACAGCCAGUCCACGGAAGAAUUUGUUGUCCCGCGGCAUCCACGCCGGACAAAGGGCCCUGUCGUAGAUCGACUUGCUCUGCUACGGCAAGCAUCAUCUAACUCCGCAACAUCUGGUUCCUCUAACACUCGAUUUGCUUUCCAAACUGGCUCUGGACCCGAUCCCAUAGGAUUCCGCCCACCCUUGCUUCGAAGGACUACAACGGGCUCCUCUUCCACCAGCAGCUCCUCCAAGUCAGACACAUCGCGACGAGUAACCAAGCCUGCAUCAGGUGCUUCGGUUGCCAAGAAAGGUGCCGUUAACUACUACACAGCCGCGCGAGAAAAGGAACGUGAGCGGGAGCUUCGGGCCAGGACCCGUAACACCGGCACCAAUAUCACCGCGUUGGUGAACAAGCAUGCUAGCAACCGACUCGGCGCUCUUGGCCGUACAGGGCAAUGGGACUAA